GAAGUCCAGCAAGAGCAGCCCUCUUCUGUGAGCGUUCAGACCCAACCUCCAAGCUCUCCGACGACCCCGAGCAGUCCGAGCGAGAUUCCAUUGAUGCGAUCAACAGCGACUGAUGUCAUCAAUGCAGUCCCGAUGGAACCGGACGUGGAAGCUGCAGCGAUCAGCGGAAACUGGACAAGACGAGCAGCGGCAGGUGCAUUCUGCAAGCAGGACCCGACAGGGUCACCUGAGCAGAUGCCGAGACAGUGUGCUGUGUGGGAGCAGCCGGCGUGGGGUCGGAUGAAGAAACUGCCGGUGGGGAACAGCCCGCAAGUUGCCAAUGGCUGCAUCGAAUACACCUGUCGCUCAGUUCGGGCUGAGCACGUAAUCUUCCUGGACCAAAGGCUCGAGCUGAUGCUGAAGCGGCUGCUCCUGGCCUGCGAGCAUGGCGCCAGCAUGAUCGGAUCAUGGGCGAAUGAAACUUGGAUCCGGAUGAAGUUGAACUGGGCGCGAAUGUUCGGUCUUCAACACACUUACGAGCAGGCGGCAAACGAGCAUCUGGCAUGGAUGCAGGAGGAGGCGUUCAGAAAGAGCGUGAUGGUGAAAAUGAAGGGAGAUACUUCUUCGUUUGGCGAGUACACUCACGUAGACCCGAUGACAAUCACUCCCGGCACGAGGAUGGAGAGUGCGGUGUCAGGCUGCAUGUACCCGUUCAUGAACUGCAAGAACCAGCUCCUGCAGGCAAAGAGACUUUGCCACGAUGACGGAUACUGGGUGAGGCACGUGAGAGACUUUCAUUGCACGGGAGGUUUCAUCGCGUCGGAGCCAGGGGAGGCGGAGAAGUGGAAGUACAUCGAUCACUUCGCCAUCUCCAUGGCGCUGCUGGUCGGGGCCGUGGUCAUCGGCCUCGUCGUCCGGGCCUACAUGCUGAACCGGCUGGCCAAGCAUGCGGGAGUAGAUCACAGGCUGUGGUGGCUGAGGGGACAGACAGAGCAGUCGACGCCUCCAGAUCGGGAGAUCGUGCAGAUCACUGUGUGAGGUAGGAGAUACGUCAUGGAGGGGAAGGAAGUUUCAAGGUCAAUACGAAGCUGUUUCCAAAGGAAUCGGAUCAUGGCGGGAUGGUUCAAUCUUCGUGUGAGGAAGAGAAGGGGAGGGGAGGGGAAGAAGAGUUGUUGAGGGCUCCUCAAAGUCAACGUCCCUUAGAUCUGCGAGGAGGAUCAAGGAUGCGCUGUUGACAUGUCAAUGUGCUGUUGUAUAUAGUAAAGCUAAUCCUCGACCG